GUCAUUUAUGCUUGUUUGAAUCCAGUCUGGGACGAAACUCUGAUAUUCGACAAUGUUACAUUAUAUGGAUCCAAGUCCCAUCUAACGACAAACGUUCCGACGAUUUUAAUUGAGGGUUUCGAUCGGGAUGAAUUUUACAAGAACGAACUACUCGGAAGAACAGUGGUUCAACCGAAUAUUGUAAUAAAUGGGAAUACAUAUCUCCCUCCAAAACUGAAAUGGACAAAACUCUAUCUCAAUGAAGAAGUUGCAGCUGAAAUACUUGCUGCAUUUGAACUCAUAGAAUUGACAGCAAAAGACUAUCUCCAACCAGUAGAUAUUCCUCAUAAAUACAAAUUAGAAAUUCCAAUUGGCAUAAAACCAGAUUUGACACCUCAUAAAAUGGAAAUUUUGUUUUGGGGUGUGAGAGAAUUACGGAAAGUGAAUCUGUUUCACAUAAAUAGACCAAGAAUAUCUGUUUUCUGCGGUGAUGUGAGUUUGAAUUCCGAUACCAUUGAAAACGCAAUGAAAGAUCCAAAUUUCAAAACUCAAGUGAAGAAGUUAGAUCUGAUUUUACCAACACAAUUGGACUAUGCGCCUCCUAUUCGUUUCAGAAUCUUCGACAGUAGACGAUUUGGAGUUUAUAUUUUUGGAGGAAUCCAUAUAAGUCAUAUUUCGUCAUUCAUAGAGUAUCCCAUGAAACGAGAAGAGAGAAAAAAGCAGUUAUCUGGAAUUCAAUAUAAAUCAUUUGAUAGUUUGGAUUCAGAAUCUGCUUCUUCUCUAAAUAUUCAACUGAAGAGUAGAAAAGGCGAAGAAACUGAUUCUGAUACUGAGAAUAACGAUAAACUGAAAGAAGAUCGAUCAUGCUUUCUUAUAGAAUAUAUGAAAAGAAUUUUAAAGCUUCGAAAUGAAAAGUUGAAUUAUAAAACAAGCGGUACAUCAUUGAGAACAUAUGAGACACUACCCCAACAGUAUAAUUUGAAUUAUGAAGAUUACGACUGGUGGACAAAAUUUUAUGCAUCACUCAAGCCAUUAGACGCCGAUGAUGACAAUAUUCCCGAAAAUCGAAUACAAAAACUUCAGAUAUAUGGAAAUGAAUUAGAAAAUCAACCAGAAUUUGGAGGAUUCACAGAUAUGCUGAUGUCUUUCGAAUUAUAUAGAGGAAAAAGAAUGGGCGAUGAAGCAAUCGAUGAAAAUAAAAUAACCUCAGUAUUCAAAGGUUCUGUUAAGAUAUACCAAUGGCCUAUCGACAAUGAAAACUACGUAACGGCUCGUGGUUGGCCUUUGGAGGAAGGAUUUUUCAAAAAUUUUCCCCAAAAUACUCCAUUGAGAUAUUUACUUCGUGUUUAUUGUAUCAGAGCUUUGAACUUGAGGCCAAAAGACGUCAAUGGGAAAUCGGAUCCAUAUCUUUUUUUAACCGUGAAUGAUAAAUUCAUUAACGAUAAAGAAAACUUCGUAACAAGGCAAUUGAAUCCAAUCUUUGGUAGAUGUUUCGAAUUCGAUGCGAUCUUUCCACAAGAUCAUAGUUUAAAAAUUGCUGUUUGGGAUCGGGAUAUAAGUUCAUUAGACGAUUUAAUAGGCGAAACUAGAAUCGAUUUGGAAUCUCGAUAUUACACCAAACAUAGAGCACAUUGUGGUAUUGCAGAAAAAUACGAAGGAUCUGGAUAUUGCACCUGGAGAGAAUACAAUAAACCAACAACAAUACUGUCUGAUCUGUGUAGAAAAUGGAAUACCGACCCACCGGAGUAUAGUUCAACAGGGGUUCGAAUCGGUUUCAAGGAAUUCACUUCUGAAAAUUUCUCCCUUAGCAAUGAUCCGGAGUACGAUAAAGAAGUAUUAGCCCUAAUCGCCUUGCGACGUUGGAGAGAAAUGCCCAUCAUUGGUUUCACACUGGUACCAGAACACGUAGAAACGAGGUCCCUAUACAAUCCAUCGAAGCCGGGUAUUGAACAGGGAAAAAUUCAACUAUGGUACUGGUUAAAUGAUAUGAUGGAAGCUCAAUAUACUGAUGUUCAUUAUAGAUCACUCACAGGUGAAGGAAAUUUCAAUUGGAGAUUUGUGUUUCCAUUUCAAUAUUUACCCGCAGAGAACAAACUGGUUGUUUACAAAAAAGAAUCAAUUUUUGAAUCUGAUGAAACUGAAUUCAAAAUGCCAUGUGUCUUAACCAUGCAAGUAUGGGAUAAUGAUACUUUUUCUAAGGAUGACUUUUUGGGAAAUUUGACACUGGAGCUAUCAAAACUUCACCGACCUGCAAGAACAAAAGAAAAAUGUCAAUUAUCUAUCAUGGCAAAAAAUGCACCCAAAAUUAAUUUGUUCAAACUUAGGAGAACAAAAGGUUGGUGGCCAUUCAAGAGUAUUGAUCGGAAAACUAAGGAAGUUAUCUGUGCGGGAAAAGUUGAAGCAGAAAUAGAAAUUCUCAUGAUGGAAGAAGCUUCAAAUGAACCAGCAGGAUUGGGUCGCCAUGAACCUCAAGCAUUACCUUUUCCGAAUCGCCCUGAUACAUCGUUCCUAUGGUUCAAAAAUCCGUUGAUGACCUUGAAGCAUAUCGUUUGUAAGUUGUAUCGAUGGAAGAUGAUCAAAGUUUUGGUUGGUGUCCUCCUGAUAUUUUUAUUGAUCUCUGCUAUUUAUUCAUUUCCUGGAUAUAGUGUGAAAAAAAUACUUGGGGCUUAACGAAGGAACUAGAUUAAAUUGGUAGCAGAUCUCAAUAGUGUGAAGGAAGAAAAGA